GCAAGAAGCUCCCCCUUUAGCUCCAUGCUACUCCAUGGGAUCCAUGCACUCCAUGCCAUGCGAGCUGUGAAACCUUAUAAAUUGCUCUGUUAGAAUGAGCGAAUUAUAUGGAAUUUAUUACCUCCUUUGGUAAUGACACUCACACUCACAUUCUGCAAAUAGUUUCACUAUAUUGAUUAUGAAUUAUUUUCUUUACCACUGCACCAAGAUGAAAAAUCAAUUCACAUUCCACGACCUUUCAUCUCACCUCCUCCUCCCUCCCAUUUUGAUUUUCCGUAACGUCCCCACCUCCCGACCUCCCUCAAGAACCCAGGUUCAAUUUUUGAAGCAGUUGGAGAAGAGUGAGGCGAAGCAGGCGAAGAGGCAGGCGCAAAUAGAGAAAAUAGACGCUCUAGAGACAGCUAUGAGUGAUGAGCUCAAGGAAGCUCGAAUGUAUUCGGAGAAACAGGAGCUUUUCGUGCCGAAAUAUGUGAACGGGUCAAAAUUCGGCGAAAAGUGUCCAAAGAAAAACGUCUGGAUAGUAGCAGAAGCAACGAGUCUGGUAUUAUGAUUUACACUCGUAAAUCACGGUAGGUACUAUAUCACCAUCAUUUCUACUAGGAGGAACCUUAAUAAAAAUUUGCGUAUCUAUGUCGAGAACUGGUGGAUAGCGUAAGCGUUGAAGAAAAUAUAUCCAUGAUGCAGCUGAAUCUUAUUCUCAAUUUUCCCAAUGCUGUUUGAGGUUCAUCUUCAAGCAAAGCAUCCUCUCACCCUCUCUCACCUCGACCACAAAAACAGACGGCGCCCUAUAUAGCGAACAUAAUAGACGAGAUAACGAAAUUCGUGCAGACCUGUAUCGAGGAAAACUGCUCCGCAUUUAAUGUCGCGCUGUUUGGGACGGAUGGAUGCUGUAUUAAGCUUUUGAUACUUUGUUCAGAUCAUAUGAUAGAUCCGUCACUCGAGAGAGAGAGAGAGUAAAACUGAAUCAAGCGUUGUUCUUCAAGCCAUCUUCAACGAAGCAUCAGGCGUCCAAAUUUUCCUCCUUGUUCACCACUUUCCUACUAUCUAAAAAUCCAAUGAUAUGACAGGGCUGCAAUGGUGUCCCACUUUUCAGUCACCACAAGACCCGAAGAAGGGAGCGGCUGACAGUCUCAAGUGGGUAAACAAGCAGUUGACGACGAAGUUGUGCGCCCAGAGUGAAUAUCCACCAGAUUGGGUACAACUAUUGCUUUUCAUUUGAAGAAGGAGGCUCGUCCAAAAGCGUGAGUUGUGUGUGUUGAAUAUGUAGCUUUAUCUAAGCCUUAUAGCGUGAGUUGGACGUGGAACGCUGAAUGUACUUGUUUUUACCCCACUGACUUUGGAAAAAAAUAUCCAGGUCCAAAUGUUCGAGAAGUGUUUUGAGGAGGGUAGAGCGAACCCGAAGCUGGAACCUAGUACGAUAUAUCUAGCUUGUAGCAAGCCCCCAGAGAACACAGAUGCGGUGUUUGAGGUUAUGCAAGGGAAAGGGGUGCCGAUUCAAGCCCUAGCUUUUUCGGAGGACAUGGAAAAUGACACAGACUGCAAACAAUUUUUCGCAGAAUUGUGUGGACCGAAAGGUAGUAUAGGUUGAGCUGAUACGACUACACACACAUCAAUAGCAUCACCAAUUAUCUAGCAUCACAAAUCUAGAUUGGUUUAUCCCUUUUUCUAGGGAUUGGCUCAGGUCCAGCGACGCUAAACGCACAAAAAGAAAAACACCCCGUUAGUUUUCCUUCAUAGCCACCUAGGUGUAUCCCUACAUGCAAGUCAUCAUCAAUUUUUCUGCUCCCCAUCUACUCCAGGUGGCCUUUUAGUGGACACAAGUUGCAGGGAUUUGCUUUAUGUCGACAAACUGCUGAACAACGUCAAAGCGAAGAAGAAGCAAUUGGAGAAAUUGUACUUGAAAUUUCGAUUCGUUGCGUAUACUAUUGCUUGUCACGCUAGUACUAGUUUGCAACAUCGUUUUGGCUAUGGAGAUGAUUUCGUUUUAGUUGUCAUGUCAGAAACACUAUGAUCUUUUUGCUCCCACAACGCACACCACUCACAGUCAAAAGGACUCGCUCACCCACUCACAGCCAAAACCAGCUCGCAAAGAUGGACGAUCUGUCAGAGGUAGUGAAGGAGAAUAAGGACCUCCUAGCGCAGCAAAUAUGUCUCGAGAACCUGGUCCGGAGUGAGUUCGAGGUGGCAGAGCAGGACAUGCUAAACCCAGACAUUCAGAAGGAUAUGGACGGCAACCUAGUGCUCCCGGACAGCGUCCAAGCGAGCAUGAAGGAGCUAGGGAAGAAAGUCACAUGCUAAGCUGUCCUUCUUGGCACAUAACAUGCUGAGGAAGAGGCUGAGGAAGAGAUGAACUUGGCGGGAUAAGAGAACUUGGCGGGACUCUUGUUCUAUCUUCUUGGCACCAGUGCUAAGUUGUCCUUCGACUAGUUUUGGCAGAACUGGUCUUUGCGAAGAUGAAGAAAUACACUAGUGGUCUAUGAAAAAGCAAAUUCGUUAUCCCCGCGGGAUGUUGCUUUGCAAAUAUCGAUUAUAUCCCCACCUUCGGGACGAGGCUAUAGUUACUGAUUCACGAGGUAAAUAAGCAGAACUGUCUUCAGAAAGAAAUUGUCUUCAAAUGAUCACUGGAUUCUGGGUUAUUGGAAAUUUGUCACAUUCUAGUCACAUGAUGCAUUUUUGGGCUGAGCAUGAUUUUCUUAUAAGUAGACUAAGUACAACGCGCAAUGAAUUUUAUAAUGAACUGGUCACCUGAAUAAAAAGCUGAACUGUGAUCAAAUUGUUGUUGUGUGUGGAGGAGCAACAGGCAGCACGAUCGCAUGAGUACCUUGGACUUCAAAACUCAGCGUAAAUUAAAAUUUUCCUUGACGGAGGAAUCCAGAAUAGGAAAAAAGAAAUCGGAAUUGCACACUACGCAACAGAGUAACAU